AUGUCGGACGGAGAAGAGCCCACUUCCCCCGUUGAGCAGCAGGAGGUCGAGGUUUCGGCCGAUGCCUCCUCUGGCCAGAUGUCGGUUCUCGAUGCCCUCAAGGGUGUCCUGAAGCUGGCCCUCAUCCACGACGGCCUUGCCCGCGGUCUGCGCGAGGCCUCCAAGGCCCUUGACCGCCGCCAGGCUCACAUGUGUGUCCUGAACGAGGCGUGCGAGGAGGAGGCCUACAAGAAGCUCGUCGUCGCCCUCUGCUCCGAGCACAAGAUCCCUCUCAUCAAGGUCCCCGAUGGCAAGCAGCUCGGCGAGUGGGCCGGUCUCUGCCAGAUCGACCGUGAGGGUAACGCCCGCAAGGUCGUCAACUGCUCUUGCGUCGUCGUCAAGGACUGGGGUGAGGAGUCCCAGGAGCGCAACAUCCUCCUCAACUACUUCCAGACCGAGCAGUAA